AAAAAAACAAAACAAAAAUUUGCAGUCUUCUCGACAAUGAUUCCAAUUAGUAAAAGAAAAACGAAUGAAGAUGCCAUGGGGGUCCAUUUAUUUGUUUUUUUUUUUCUUUAAAAAAAAAAAAAAGGCUCAUAUUACAAUACAAGCUCUUCAAAUUAAAUAGCGGCAUUUUUUACUUCCAUCCCCCACCUGUUCUCUCCUCCUUCAUUCCUCUCCAUCAACACCAUCAUCAUCAUGGGCUCCCAAGAGGAUCUUCUCCAUCAAACCAUGUCCGACCACCACGAACCACCACCACCACCACCACCAACUGCUUCUUCACAUGGGAUUGACUCUCGGCUCGAAAAGGUUCUCUCGGAAACCCAUUUGCCAUUCUUGAAGCGUCUCUGGCUGGCAUCACGUAUCGAAUUGAGACUCCUCUUCCACCUGGCUGCUCCGGCCGUCAUGGUUUACUUGAUCAACAACGCUAUGUCUCUUUCCACCCGCGUAUUCGCCGGCCAUCUUGGUAAUCUCCAGCUCGCCGCAGCUUCUCUCGGCAACAGCGGCAUCCAACUCUUUGCCUAUGGUCUUAUGCUAGGAAUGGGAAGCGCGGUGGAGACUCUAUGCGGACAAGCGUACGGGGCCCACAAAUACGAAAUGCUAGGCAUAUAUCUACAAAGAUCGACGGUCGUCCUUACCCUGACCGCCAUACCAGUUAUGCUAGUCUACGUCUUCUCCAAGCAAAUCCUGCUCUUACUCGGCGAACCGAAUGACGUGGCGUCAUCAGCUUCGGUAUUCGUCUACGGUCUGAUCCCGCAGGUAUUCGCUUACGCUGUGAACUUCCCCAUCCAAAAAUUCCUCCAGGCGCAGAGCAUUGUGGCUCCCAGCGCCUACAUAUCGGCCACCACGCUCGUCUUGCACCUUCUGUUAAGCUGGAUCGCGGUGUACAAAAUCGGGAUGGGACUGAUCGGCGCGUCGUUGGUCUUGAGCUUGUCGUGGUGGAUCAUAGUUGGGGCCCAGAUGGUUUACAUCUUGAUGAGCAAGAAAUGUAAAGAAACUUGGAGAGGGCUUAGCUUGCAGGCGUUUCAUGGGCUUUGGGAGUUUCUGAAACUGUCGUCCGCAUCGGCCGUGAUGCUGUGCUUAGAGACUUGGUAUUUUCAGAUACUGGUUUUAAUAGCUGGCCUGCUGAAAGACCCUGAACUUGCUUUGAAUUCUCUGGCCGUUUGCAUGGCGAUACUUGGCUUGCUGUUCAUGGUUUCAGUCGGAUUCAAUGCAGCUGCAAGUGUGAGGGUGAGCAAUGAGCUUGGAGCUGGACAUCCCAAAUCAGCAGCAUUCUCUGUUUUGGUAGUGACUUUGAUAUCUUUCACCAUAGCUGUAAUAGAAGCCGCUGUGGUGCUGGCUCUCCGCCAUGUCAUCAGCUACGCCUUCACUGCUGGUGAGACCGUUGCCAAUGCGGUGUCGGACCUCUGUCCUUUCCUUGCUGUCUCUCUCAUUCUCAAUGGUGUUCAACCAGUCUUGUCUGGGGUAGCAGUGGGAUGUGGAUGGCAAGCAUUUGUGGCGUAUGUGAAUGUGGGAUGCUAUUAUGUGGUAGGAAUUCCAUUAGGCUGCGUGCUUGGGUUUAAGUUCGAUCUUGGUGCUAAGGGAAUUUGGACUGGAAUGAUUGGUGGCACCGUCAUGCAGACUCUCAUUUUGAUUUGGGUCACUUUUUGCACCGAUUGGGAUCAAGAGGUUGAGAAGGCCAGGAAGCGUUUGGACAAAUGGGACGACAAGAAGCAACCUCUUCUUGAGACCUGAACAGGAUCAGCGACACGUAUCUGUUUCACCAUUUGAUAAUUUUACACCUCGUUUUGAGAGCUUUCCUUCAUUAGGCUAGGUUUUGCAGAUUUCUUUAAAAUAAUAACAAUACUGUCUUUCGUCUCUAAUCAAACAUUGGAAAACAUUUCCUAACUCGAUAAAAGGGUGUUUUGGAUCUAA